AGUGGCAAGCGGAGAAGGAAAGCCGGGGCUCCCUGACCCGGCUGGGGGCCGCCACCGGGCUUCGGUGGUACCGGAAUAAGCAUGCACCCCGAGCCCUCGGAGCCCGCCGCGGGCCGGGCAGCGGAGCUGGACAGCGCGCAGGAGCCCGGCGCCGGCGAGUCCGCGGGUGACCGCGCGAGCGAGAGCCAAGGGCGCCGCAAGGAAGAAACUAAUGAUCCUAAGGAAAUGUGUACGGGUCCUUCUGACACAUCCUACCAAAGCCAGCAGAAACAGAGUGGUGACAGCGGGUCGGACAGUCACCUGGCACACCCAAGCAAUGACAGGGAAGACGGGGGUCCCAGAAUGACUAGAAGUUUCCUGCGAAAACUCUGCAAGCAGCACAAGCUUUACGUCACCCCAUCAUUGAACGAUACGCUGUACUUACACUUUAAAGGUUUUGAUCGCAUCGAGAACCUAGAGGAGUACACGGGACUGCGCUGCCUCUGGUUGGAGUGCAAUGGGAUCCAGAAAAUCGAGAACCUGGGGGCUCUGACGGAGCUGCGGUGCCUCUUCUUACAAGUGAACUUGCUUCACAAAAUCGAGAACCUAGAACCUCUGCAGAAACUGGAUGCUCUAAACCUCAGCAAUAAUUACAUCAAGACCAUCGAAAACCUCUCCUGCCUCCCGGUCCUGAACACACUGCAGAUGGCCCACAACCACCUGGAGACCGUGGAGGACAUUGAACAUCUGAGGGAGUGCUCAAGACUUUGCGUCCUGGACCUUUCCCACAAUAAGCUGAGCGACCCAGAGAUGCUGCGUGUUCUUGAGAGCAUGCCUGACUUGCGUGUUCUAAAUCUGAUGGGAAACCCAGUUAUUAAACACAUUCCUAAUUACCGAAGGACAGUCACUGUUCGACUGAAACACCUAACAUACCUGGAUGAUAGACCGGUUUUCCCAAAGGACAGAGCAUGUGCCGAGGCCUGGGCCAGGGGAGGGUAUGCUGCCGAGAAGGAGGAGAGACAGCUGUGGGAGAGCCGGGAGCAGAAGAAGAUCACCGACAGCAUCGAAGCCUUGGCAAUGAUCAAGAAGCGGGCUGAAGAGAGGCGGCGGCAGAAAGAAGCCCAGGAGCGAGGGGAGACGCUGCCGCCAGACUGCGGGGAGCAUGUGAGUGCCAGCACGGCAGGCAAGGGACAGCCCCCCGGAGGCGAGGGCGAGGACCAGGGAGAGGACACGCGGCAGAAAACGGAGCUGUUUGUCAAGGAGAGCUUCGAGGCCAAGGAUGAGCUGUUCCCAGAAGAGCUGAGAGGAGAAGAAGAGCUGCCUGCCAAGCAGCGUGGAGAGACCGAGCAGCGUGGUGAGACAGAGGAGCGUGCAGAGACAGAGGAGCGUGGAGAGACAGAGGAGCGUGCAGAGACAGAGGAGCGUGGAGAGACCGAGCAGCGUGAGGAGCGUGGAGAGACAGAGGAGCGUGGAGAGACCGAGCAGCGUGGAGAGACAGAGGAUCUGGAGCCAGGGUACCUGCCCCCAGUUGAGACUGUGAUGUCGCUGCCUUUCACAGACACCGGAGACAAAUCAACUCCCCAGACUGUGGCUACUGCAGAGACGGAACUCAGUGGACUUGGCACCGCAGGUCUAGAAACCAGCUGGCCAGAGACAAGGGAGACAUUGUUCAUCGAUGACCUACCUGACCUGGACGAUGUGGACGAUCUGGGUGAUUCUUUGGACAACCAGAACAAGAAAACGUGCUUCCCGAAGAUCAAGGUGGUCUCCAGCACAGGCGACGACAGCGACCCUGACCUGGACUACACCUCACUGCCCCUGCUGGAAUCCACGUCCACAGACACCCUUUCCAACAUAUUCGCAGUCUCUAAAGACACCUCAGUCAAGGCCGAGACGCCUUUUACACACAUGCUUACAGAAGCAAAGAGGGAGCAGGUGAGCCGAGGUGAAGACACAUGGUUUCCACGGCCACUGAUUGAGGAGCUUGGCGACGAGCCCUCGGAUCGCCCUCCUACACCCCCCACCUGCAACCAAGAUGCCACUCCACCUGCUUCCUGUGAGCAUGGGGACAGCAACCUCACAGCAGCUCCAUCAGGGUGGAGAACCAAAGAGAAUGGCAUACAGCCUGAGUUGGAGCCCAGGGAGUCUUCAGAGCCUGGGGCAGGGACCAGCCGGGAGGACACUGAAUUUGGCUUGGACUGAACCCCAAACAGCCCCAUUUACCUUCAGAGGAACCGUGACAGGGAGAAUGUGGGUCCCACUCCGGCUCAGUUCCUCUUCCCCCAAGUGCUGACGCUGAGAGCACUCGAGCCCACAGGCCACCUCCCCUGCUCCUCAGCCUUGCACACGUGGGAUGCUCCCUCCUUGUACUGAGCUCCUGCAACCUCCCCGUUAUUUGUAGCCUAAGUUGUAUAACUGUGUCUCAUUUCAUAUAAACAUUUGAACAGCCA